GAUUUUUUUAAAGCAAACAAGAAUGGAGAAAAGUCGAAUCGAUGAGGAGUAUCUGAAGGAAAUAGAGAAGGCAAGACGUGAACUUCGGGCUCUCAUCUACAAGGAAAAAUGCGCCCCUCACAUGCUUCGCUUAGCAUGGCAAGAUGCUUGUAGCUACGAUCCUGAGAGCAAAAUAAGAGGAGGCCCUAACGGUUGCAUAAGGAGUGAACAAGUGUUGAAACGCCAAGAAAACAAGGGCUUGGACAAAGCACUUCAAUUAUGUGAGCAAGUCAAGGCCAAACUUAAAAAAGUUUCAUACGCCGACCUUUACCAGCUAGCUGGUGUCGUUGCAGUAGAGGUCACUGGGGGUCCAUCUAUUCGAUUUGUACCUGGCAGAGAGGAUUCAGACGAGCCUCCACAAGAAGGACGCAUUCCAAAUCCCCACGAAAGAGGUGUAUCACAUUUAAGGGAUAUUUUUACUACUCGGAUGGGUCUAACUGAUCAAGACAUUGUAGCUCUAUUUGGGGGCCAAGUUUUGGUAAGAACCAUAUAUCCAAUUAAUAAUAAGGGAGAGACAUCUGAAAAUCAGUCUAGCAUAAAAGGAAAAACAGAUGAGGCAACCGAAGAUCACUCUAGAAAAAUAGGAAAAACGAGUGAGACUUCUGAAAAUCAUUCUAGCAAAACAGAAAAAUUGAGUGAGACAUCCAAAGAUGACUUUGGCAAAAUAGAAAAAUCAAGUGAGGCAUCUAAAGAUCACAAUGACAAAAAAGGAAUAUGGACAUCGAAUCCAUUGAAGUUCGAUAACUCCUAUUUUGUGGAAUUAUUGAAAAAUGAUAAAUUUACACUUAACAUGGACAAAGCUCUGGUGGAAGAUAGAAAGUUUCGAAAGUAUGUUGAAAAGUAUGCAAAGGAUAAGGAUGCUUUUCUCAAAGAUUACGAAGUUGCACAUAAGAAACUCUCUGAGCUAGGCUUCUCGAGUCCUUUCAUGUUUCCUAAGGUGCCACCUGAGAAGCUCGAGCAAAUUAAGCCAAAGGCCAAGCGAGUUCUUGGAAUCCUUAUGGUCUCAGUUGCAAUAUUAGGUUAUUUACGAAAGAGAAAAAGUAACCAACUUAAGACAUAAUUAAUUAUCAACACAAUAAUGUUCAAGUCUCCCCUCUGUCUCUUUUGUUUUAUUUUGAAAAAGAGAUUAUAUAUAAUUAGUUCAGAUUUCUUAUAACACUUCUCGAAUAUAAUGUG